AUGGUCUGGGCGGAAGGACGUGGGUCUCCAUGUUGACUCGCUGGCGAAAGAGAGGCCUGCUUUCUUUCCCCUCCCAGGCUAAAAUGGAGGCGACGGGAUCGGCGUGAGGCCUCAGUCGUCCUCCGAGAGAGCUGGGGACAGCCUUACCGUUUCUAAUAUUGACAGCUACUAUACUGCCAAAAUGACAUCUUCUACCUCUGCACAAUUUCCACCAUCUGAGACUGCCUGCAGAACAUCACUUGAACCAGUCAAACAGGUACGACCAAAACUGCCACUCCUGAAAGUUCUGCAUGCAGCAGGUGCUAAAGGUGAAACUUUUACAUUAAAAGAGUGUAUGAUCUAUCUUGGAGAGUACAUUGCACAGAAGCAGUUGUAUGACAAAGAACAGCAGCACAUGGUACACUGUGGAAGAGACCAGCUGGGGGAGCUUUUGGGCUGUCAGAGUUUCUCUGUGAAAGAACCAAGCCCUGUUUAUGAUAUGCUGAGAAGGAAUAUAACUCUUGCCACUGUUACAGAUGCUGCACAGACACUUGCUUUCGCAAAGGAUCAGAGCGAGGAUAAUCCAAGCGAGGAUCAGCUGAAGCAGAAUACCACAGAGAGAAGUUUUAGCACUGAACAAGAAGAUCAUGAAGGUGAUGUAUCUGCCUUAACAGCCUUAAAGCACACAUGCAAAGAGAAAGAAGAUAAAGAACUAAUAGGUAACUUUUCAAAAGAGCAAACUACAUUGGAUUUGUUGGUUGAAGAGUGGGACGUAGCUGGCCUUCCAUGGUGGUUUUUAGGGAAUCUGCAAAACAAUUACAAGUCCAGAAGUAAUGGUUCAACAGAUAUACAUACAAAUAAGGAUGUGGAUACUGCUGUUGUUUCAGAUACUACAGAUGACUUGUGGUUUCUCAGUGAAUCUGCUCCAGAUAACUUCAGUGUCACAGUACCAUCAAAAAUAGUUGGUUGUGAACAAGCUAAUGAAGAAGGAAAAGAGGAUAGUAAAGUAGUGAGUGAAGUUGUAUCUUCUGAUGACCUUGAAGAUUCCCAGUUCUUAAGUGAUGACACAGAUACUGAUGUUCCCUCUGAGCAGGACAGUUGGCAAUGCACCAAAUGCAAGAAGUUCAAUUCUCCCAUUAAACGGUAUUGCUUCCGCUGCUGGGCCUUAAGAAAAGACUGGUUCUCUGACUGUCCCAGGCUAGUGCAAUCAUUGUCCACAUCCAACAUUGCCAUAGUGCACAGUAAAGAAGACCUGAAAGGGAUAGAUGUCCCAGAUUGCCGAAGGACAGUAUCUGCUCCAAUAGUACAACCUAAAGACUUGUGCAGAUCAGUGGUCAAACCCAUCCUGUCCUCUAAAAGCUCUAUGGAUUCUUUGGAUCUGGCCCUGGGAUGUGAAGGCAGAGAACCUUCUCUGCAGUUUGUUAAGUGCACAGAAAAAGAAGAAGUGCAGUUCCUUGAGAAUAGCGAAGAAUUACUGAAGCCUUGUCUUGUGUGCCAGAAGAGGCCACGGAAUGGGAAUAUUGUCCAUGGAAGGACAGCUCACUUGGUAGCCUGUUUCACAUGUGCAAAAAAAUUGAAGAAGGGACGAUCAGUUUGCCCAGUCUGUAAGAAACAGAUUCAGAGGGUGAUUAAGACAUACAUAAUAUAGCUGUGUCAUUUGUUUGGAUGCUAUAGACAUUUGGUAUUCAACUAUUACAAGAUAAUGCUAUGUGCUAUGAGUGUGCUUUCAAGGAAAGAAAAUAAUAUAUUUUAUUCUGAAUUUGCAAAAUAAUCUAUUUCUCAGCCAUUAUAUAUAACAUGAAAAUUAAUAGUUAGCCAUUUCAAUUUUGGAGGAGAGCUGGUAUGAAUUAGAAUUUAAAAAGUUAUGUUUAUAAUCUUAGUCAGAACUUGUUCAUGCUUAGACCAUUUGCUAACUGUAAGUUAAAUAAUAUGCAUGCAAGUGUGCCACUUCUAAAGUCCACAAGUCUUACUGCUAAAUGUUGCCAAGAUGUGUUUUUCUUACUAAUCAUUUAUAGAGCAUGUAAUUAAUAUUUCUUUGUUUGUUUUGCACAGACCUUGUAAGUAAUGGAAUUUGUAUGUAAAAAGGAUAUACUCUAAGUGACAAGUUUAUAUCUUGUUAUGAAUUAUGGAUAUAUCAGUUCAAGACCUAAUUUGAAUAUUGCCCUUUACAAAAUCUGUGCUCAGGAGCAGGCGUCCCCAGAUCUUCUGAUGUCCCUGUAAUAUUAGAUUCAGCAGAAGAAAAUUCUGCAUUAAAACUGUGAAAUUUCUCACUCAGAAGUAGAAAAUAAUGUUUCUGCAGCUUAAAUCCAUGUUCUGUUUUUGUAGUCUGGUUGUCUCCAAAAUGUAUCCAGUGCCCAUUGAAACCUUCGUAAGGACCCCACUGUGUCUGGAUAUAGCUUAAGUGCAAUGAUUAGCUGACCAUGAAUAGGACAAAGUUGAUUGUUGCAGAUUUUAAACCCAUUAAGUUUCUUCUGCAUAUUUACAUUAUGAUGCUUUCAUAAAGGCAAAAGAAACAAUCCCUUUUACAUUUGUAGGUUUUUUUAGUUCUAAACAAGUCAAAAAUUCAACCAGAUGACAUUCUCCCUAACUAAUAAAGUGGAACAAGUCAUUUAAUGCAGUAUUAAAGGGAACCACUCUCAAUUGAAGUUGCUACUGAAUUACUAUGCAUAGUCCAUUGGUGUCCACUGCUCUGACAUUUAUGCAACCAGGCUUUGUUGAUGUUCUUUCCUCUAUCUAGCCGAUCUCCCAUUGUUGCCUUUCUUUAGCACAUUCUGUUCUCUUUAGAAUUUAGGCUCAGAGAUAAGCAAUUUGGAAGAUUUAGGAAUAAUCUAAAGUAGGUUAAAGACAAAUUGCAUUCUGUGUACCAAAAAUGGGACUAGGGAAACUGUUUUGAAUAUGCAAAUCACAUAUUUUUUCUUAUACUUAGGGGUCCUGUGAAGUAACAUACCUUGCAUAUUAAAACUUUUAUUUUUAUAAUCUCCAUUUAUACCUUUAUUUGGGAUAAUUGUAAGAUUGUUACUAGCCAUGUAUUUCUUGAGCCAAAGUGGCAGUAGCAUUCCUGCCUCAAACAUGUAAUCUUUAUCUCUUCUAAGCCUUUUGAAUCAAGACGGUGACUUUGGGUAUAUUGUUGAACUGGCCAAGCUAGAGGAAUUCCCUGCAUUUCUUUUCUUUUAAACCCUUCAUUGCUUUCUACUUUAAUAAGUGCAUUUUCAGAGGCAGUUGUCAAGGCCAGAGACAAACUUCCUGAUAUUUUGGAUUACAGUUCUAACCUUUUCCAUUAGCUAUGCUCACUGAUGGGGUUGAUAGCAUAAAGAUCUGGAGAGCACCAGCAAUGUCCUACACCAUCACAUGGGUUUUUUAAACUAUUCCUCCUUGCUUGCAUUAUCAAAAGAAAUAGUGCUCAAUUUUGAACAGUUGGUGCUCACUCAAACAGUGUUAUAUAUAGUGGACUAUGGCUAUACCUGAGUUAGAGUAAAUUUGAAUAAGUCAAGACAGAGAAGCUGUGAUUUAAAUGCAGUGCCUCAUACCCAUUAAUUUAAAUUGGCUAGUUGAAUUUAUACUGCAAGAAAAGUUUUUAUGACAUUUGCAUUAUGUCAUAAAAAAUUAUAUGUCCCCCUGGUUUGUUUUUAAAUUUGUUAUUUUCCUUAAAUUUCAUAUUUCACUUUCAGUCAACUUCCUGUAGCAAAGAUGGACAAUUUCAAGGGGAAACGUUUGAGAGAAUUCAAGCAAUAUAAUAUGUUUUCUCCCACAAUCCCUGAUCAUGGAGUCAGAUACUAUAUUGCAUGUGUUUUUCCCCCCCUAUUAUAUACAGACUGAUAAUAUGUAAUUAUUUCUAGUUUUUGUGAUAUGUGUGUAUGUGAGAGAGAUAAAGAUGGAUUAUGUUUUUAUGGUAUCCUGCAAAAAUAGAAGCUUGGGGGGGGGGGAUAGGUUGUGCAUAUUAUCCAUAUGUUUCUAGUGUGGAAAUUUCUCCAUAGAGAAAUGUAGCUUUUUUUCCUCUGAAUGCUCACAUGGAAUCUCCAAAAAUGGUGCAGUUUAUUUUUCUUCUUUCUGACUACCUUAAGCUAAAUGCGUAUAAAGUUGCUUUUUGCUGCUUCCAUGUUCUAGUUCCCCUUCUGUUGCAAGAGAGUGAUAUCUGUGACUUUGAUUUUGGGGUCUAAACAUUUUUCCAUCUUUAACUCUUACUAUAUGCAUAUGGUGCAUAAUUUUGUUAAGGUGCUCAACUGGCUCAUUAGGUGACUCCUGUUGGUAGAAUAGGAUGUGGUUUCAUAGAAUCACUUUUGAAGUAAAGUUGUCAUUUUAAAAAGAUGCUUAUUGUGUGAAAAUUGCACAAGAAAAUAAGUGAAGAUUUGCUGGAGAUGCUUCUUAAGUUAUUUCAUGAUGGUCAGAGUUCUAUAACAAUAGAUUGACAGCUUGCAUGUUAGACCUUUUAAAAUAAUUGAGCAUUCCUUCAGCACAAGAUGAUAAGAAUAGAUAAGGAAUUACAUCCAGAAGAGCUGUAACCAAAUAGUCAGUUCCAUAGUCCUCUCCUCCCACAUUGUUUUGAUUUUGUGUUGUGAGUUUCUACAUUCUUCUUUAACGUCUUGAUUUUACUGGCAGAGUUUGUAAAAUGACAUAGAAAAGCAUGUAUAAAUAAUACAAGCUAUGGAGAGAUAACUCAAUGAUACUUUCAGUUCUAUGUGAAUUCUUUCUUUUAAACAGCUACUAUUUAAGAAGGUUACCGGUUAAAAAUAGUCUUUUUUAUAGAUUUUGUAGUCUUAAUUAAGUCUGUGGUUUGUACAUGUUCUAUCAUUAUUAAUAUAUAAAUUUAUAAAUGUAUUAAAUAUAGUGCUAUUCAGCAAUCUGUUUUGUCAUGUGGCACUUUAUUUCAAAUGGGGAUUGCCACCUGAACAUUUUCACCUUUAAUCACAAAACAAUAACUGAGUUGCAGGGAGGAUAACUUACAAGAUAAACUAAUUAGUGUGCAGCAUAACUUUUCUAGCUGGAACUGUAAGUGACUUAAUAAUGAAUGCAGCCAGAGAGGUAGUUUCAGCAAAUAUUGUUCCCACCAAAGGGGAAUCUGAACUGAAAGCUUUAAACUUCUGCCCCUAAAGAUCAGUUGCUCCAAUUGUAUGUCAUUAUUUAUUUAUCUUCAAACAUCACCAAGCUUAAGCUUGAAAUGCAACAAUUGGACUUUUUGCUGUGUUGCUGUCAUUGGUAGCUGCUUUAUCACCCACCACCUAUGAAAUAGCCAGUUCUGCAUGGUAGUCAUAAAAGAUGGUAACUGCAUCACAAAGCUGGCAACCCAAAGUAAAAUAAUAAUGUAUUGGGGAUACAUAUCUAUCCAUCUGUGUAUACAGUAUAGUACCAUGAGUGUUACAUUAUUACUUGGAGGAGCCAGAAUUUCAUCCCUCUCAGCUCUGAAGUUCAUAGACUGAUUUUGAAGUUAAAAACAGAGGGAACUAUUGGUAUGGCAAGCUGCUUCUAGCAGAGAGGUUAAAAACAUGCACGCUAUUUAAUUCUUCAGUUGUCCUUAAUGUGAGCAUUUGAUAAAGAACAGCAGUAGAAAUAGGAAUAAACCAACAAAAGAAACUGCAAAAUCAUGGUGGUAUUUCUUUGACAGAAACUUCACAGCUGUGUUGCAGCUGUGCAACAAAAAUUGUUGCAUUUUUCUCUGUCCUCAGAUUACACCACUGGAUUGGGCAAAACAGUUGUUAACAAACCCUGCCUGCAUAUUGUGUACUAACAAUUUGCAGAAAUGAAGCUCUGAAUAAUAAAACAGUAUGGCUUAUAGAGCCUUACUUUAGAAAAAUAUUGGUACUAAUCAUAAAUGUGCCUUCUGAUAUUUUUGAAGCAAGAUUUUGGUCUGAGUACACACCUAUGACUGGCUUUGUGUUCAGGAAGUAGUUCUAAAGGAUUUGGAUUAGUUUUAUUUUAACUGCAGUAAAUGGACUGCUAUCAUCACCACUCUACUGACAUACUAGAUAUGUUCAGGUACGUGGGUCAGUGUGCUCUUUCAAGGCUGGAGACUGAAGUGAAUAGUACUCUCCUAAAGUUGGUAGAAACAUUUGGGAGGAUAGCUGCAUUUACAUAAGAUUCAUAUUCUGUCCCCAAUAAAUUCAUUAAUGUGAACCUUUUCUGUUGAAUGUCUUUCUAGCAGAAAUGAAAAUUUGUGUUUUCCUGAUUAUGAGGGUUUUUUUAAAAAAAAAGCUGUUAGCCUUUAUGUGCAUUAUAUCAGAAGGAUUUUAUCCAAUGAAAUUGAUGUGAUGUUUUCUUGACAUGUCAAUAAAUAAUACAAAUGUGUAGUUAUUCAUUAACUCACCUGUUUUUCUUUCUAUUAAAAAAUAUAAUGUGGGUGUAAUAUGUGAAAAAAGACCUUUACUCACAAGUAAGGGCUUAAAGUGUAAGAGGAAUUUGCCAAGAAGAAUUUUUUAUCUGCUUGGGAGAUUCAUGGGAAUGAGCUAUUUAAUAUAUAUUGCUGCUUUUAUAGCAAAAAAUGUUAGGGGCAAACAAAUGUAAUGCAGAGAUUUGAAGAAUCCAGACUUCACUGAAAAUUGUAAUGGUUUCUUGAGAACUUUUCUGAAUAAAGUUCAAGAAAUUAUGUUAAUUUCUGUAACACUUUGACAUAGAAAUAAUUUCUAUGAUUUAGCUUCAGGUUUUUUUUCACCUAUUUCAUAGCAUCUGUCAUUUCUAAAUGUAAGAGGAAAAUGUAGAAACAGCCAAUAUUUCCCAAUAAAAGGCUUGCUGCUAUGUAAACUUAUCUAAAGUAUUCCUCAGUUACAACUAGAUGGCAGCAACUUCAUUCAAGAUGUAAUCAAAUGAAAUGUAGCAUUUACACAGCUCCCAGUUAAGCUAGGAAACUUGAGUUCAAUAGUCUGAAUAUUUAUAUGGCAGUCCUGUGAGGGUAUCUAAGAUUCUAGUGUUAUCUCAGGUUUCUGCUAAAACCCAAAAAUGGGAUUAUUAGGGUUAGGCUGAAUAACAGCUGUAGCAUCAUCUCUGUGUCCAGUGAAAAUUGGCAAGCAAUACUUUGGAUUUAAGAUAGCUUUAAGCUUCUGGAAUGUGAGUUAAUUGGACCAGUCCAAUUAAAAUUUUGCUUUGUGAUAUGCCUGUGCAUAGCUAUGCAUAAAGUGUAUAAAAGUGUAUUCCAUUAUACACUUUUCUUGUUUGUUUGUUUGUUUUUGCAUUCUAUAUGAUUGUUAGAGAGCCAGUUUGGCGUACUAGUUAAAGGCACCAGGCUAGAAUCCAGGAGACUAAGUUGUAGUCUUUCCUUCAGUGCGAAGCCAGUUGGGUGGCUUUGGGCCAGCCAUUCUCUCUCAGCCCUAGGAAGAAAGCAGUGGUAAACCACUUCUGAAAAUGUUGCCAAGAAAACCACAUGGACUUGUUCCGGCAGUCGCCAGGAAUUAAGAUUGACUCAAAGGCACAAUCAAUCGAUACGUUGCUUAACAUGAAAAUAUGCCCACCCUGCUCAAAGGUUAUGCCUGAACAGGAAAUACCAGCCUAUGUGGAGGGCAUGGCCAGCAAUGGUAGGAUAUUGACAAGCAGAUAUCUUCUGAUUUCAUGUAGCUUCUGGUGGGCUCAAAACUGGUAGUGACAAAGGAGAAGGAAAAUCAUGAUCCAGCGUAUGCCUGUUGUAAAAAAUAAAGAUGCCAAACUGACAUCAGCAAAGGACUCUAAAGCUUACAAGACUGUAAUAUUAUUUGUAUGGUUGGAAAACUGCAUGCAGAAAUUCCUAUUUGUGGAAAAGUUGCCAUGUUGGGGAUUUUUAGCUUAGGGGAAAAGCAAUUAAAGCAGAACUGUGUGUAAAAAGCACAGUGUUCAGAACACGGAUAGUGAGAGGCUUUUUGUGUGUGUGUCCAGAAUAGACAGGCCAGGAUUAUCCUGUGAUGCAACUUGAUGGAGAUUUAGGACUGAUGGAAGAAUUUAUUACUUCAUUAUAGAUUUCUCUACUACAACCUGUAGUGAUAGUUGCCAACUUGGGGAGCUUUCAAAGACAGAUUUAUAUAAGGUUAAGUCCACCAGUGGCUAGUAAUCACGACAGCUAUAUUUCACCUGUAGUAUCUGAAGCAGAAUGCCUCUUUAUACUAUUUUUUUUAACAAAAACUGCAAGAAAAAGCAUUUGUUCAGUUCCUGUGAUGCCUUUGGUUCCUUUUAUAUUAUCAUGGCCUUGCCGCCUCCACUCCUGGCAUUACCUGCAAUAAGGAGAAAGGAUUCUUAAGAGUUUGAUUCUCUAUAGCUGGUUGCUGAGGAGUUUGAUAGCUGAUACUGCUCUUCAUAUGCCUUCAGUUCUGCAGAAAUGCAAAUGUAAGACAUUUCUCAGCAGAGGCUCCCCAAUUACAGAGAUUCAUGUAGUACCAAAUCUGCUGCCAUGUGUUAGCAAAUCAACGUUCUUACCAUUCUAUCUGGGCAUGUUAAUGUGGUUUGUGCUAUUUGUUUAACUUAGUGAACAAGUUUGUGUACAUUUUAAAUGUUUUAUCUUUCAUAUUGUAUUUAUGCUGUAUGUUGCUCUGGCAUCAAAUAAAAUGAGUGUUGGU